GCGCCUCGGUCAGGCCUGCUGAGGGCCGUUGCCGACGCCUGGGCUCACCCGCCGCCCCGCCAGCUCCGCUCGCUUCCCGUCCCCCGCGGCCCGGCGCGGGGCAGGCCUGCCGGGGCCAUGGAGGACGAGGUGGUCCGCAUUGCCAAGAAGAUGGACAAGAUGGUGCAGAAGAAGAACGCGGCUGGAGCAUUGGAUUUACUGAAGGAGCUUAAGAAUAUUCCCAUGACCUUGGAAUUAUUACAGUCCACAAGAAUCGGAAUGUCAGUGAAUGCUAUUCGCAAGCAGAGCACAGAUGAAGAAGUUACAUCUUUAGCAAAGUCCCUCAUCAAAUCCUGGAAAAAGUUAUUAGAUGGACCAUCAACAGAUAAAGACUCUGAAGAAAAGAAAAAAGAUACUGCAGUUACAUCACAGAAUAGCCCUGAAGCAAGAGAAGAAAGUAGCUCCAGUGGCAACGUAAGCAGCAGAAAGGAUGAGACAAAUGCCCGAGACACUUACGUUUCAUCUUUUCCUCGGGCCCCAAGCACUUCUGAUUCUGUGCGGUUAAAGUGUAGGGAGAUGCUCGCUGCGGCUCUCCGAACGGGAGAUGACUACAUCGCUAUUGGAGCUGAUGAGGAAGAAUUAGGAUCUCAAAUCGAGGAAGCUAUCUAUCAAGAAAUAAGGAAUACGGACAUGAAAUACAAAAAUAGAGUACGAAGUAGGAUAUCAAAUCUUAAGGAUGCUAAGAAUCCAAAUUUAAGGAAAAAUGUGCUGUGUGGGAAUAUUCCUCCUGACUUAUUUGCUAGAAUGACGGCAGAGGAGAUGGCCAGCGAUGAGCUCAAAGAGAUGCGGAAAAACUUGACCAAAGAAGCCAUCAGAGAGCAUCAGAUGGCCAAGACAGGUGGGACCCAGACGGACUUGUUCACAUGUGGCAAAUGCAAGAAGAAGAACUGCACUUACACACAGGUCCAAACACGGAGUGCUGAUGAACCGAUGACAACGUUUGUUGUCUGCAACGAGUGUGGAAACCGGUGGAAGUUCUGUUGAGUUGGAAGAAUUGGCAAAACGUCUGGACCAUUAAGAAAAUGGAUUUUGUAAUUAGCUUUAAGACUAGGCCAACCAACUAGUUUGCAAAUCAGAUUUUUAAAGUAACAUAUAUCCCUUGGGUUAGUCUCUGUUUUUGACAUAGGAUCCCUUCCUUAAAUGCCUUCUGUAGUUUCAGAGCAGUAAGGAGACCACAUAAUAAUUGUAUGGUAUCUGUUUCAAAACUUUUUUUUUUCCAUUUUUAUAAGUAAGUUGAUAUUAAGUUUUUGGCAGUUUAUUUUUACCUUUUUUUUUCCUUCAUAAAGGAAAAUGUACCUUAACUUUUUUACAAUCUGAAACAUACACAGUAAAAAUGGUAUUCUUCUCAGUUAAUACACAAAUGGAAAUUACAUUUUUUUCCUAUAUUGGCAUGUACCUGCAAAUAUUAAAAGAGGAGAAGAGGUAAUGUAAUUAUAAGUUUAUCAAACAUGGUGUGUAUUCAGAUAAUACUUGACCAGCUUAUCUAAAUUGUACAUAAUAUUUCAACUAGCAUAUGAAAUUGAUUUUAAUUAUUAUGUUCACAAGUCUGGGAUAAUUAGUUAUUAUUUUGCAUUUGUAACUAACUGUGAUCCUCAUUUCUUGUAAUUUCUUGUACAUGUUUAUUACUUGUUUGUAAUAGAUUUUACUUUUGGA